CACAACAAGCAAGCAUACAACAUGCCUGCUUCUACCGCAUACUUGAAAUAUCAUUCAUAGACAAAUCAAAGAUCAUAAUCAUCAAGAUCCAUGUAAUAUCAUCAAAUCAGUGCUAGAGCUCAUCUACUCCAAACAAUAAGACAUGAUUAGUUCAUGGCUAAUGGUGAAACUACCAAAGGAGUGAAGAAGAACCGUUUUCCAUCAUGAGAGACUUGAUCGAAUGCUUCAAGGUGACUCUUUUGGGGUAGAACUUGUGGAAAACCUCCUCUUCUGCUCACUAACUUGUCUCUGAUCGUAUUAGGGCUUGCAUGCCCAAAGUCCCUCAUCAAUUAGGCGUAAUAAUGCUUAAAUCGUUAAGACAAAGAGUCGUUGAUGGGUACGGUCAUGGCCGCGAGGCUACCCAUGGGUGAAGUACUCUCCCGACACUUUUAGCAACACGAUGUCACUUUGGAGGAGAGACUGCCAUCAUUCAUGAUCCAAGGGGUGUUCACGGCCUAAGUAACGGUCAUGGGGUGUUCACGGCCCGAGUCGCGAUCGUGACAUUGGUCGUGAAUGGCUUGACACAAAUUUUCUUCAUCCUCAAUUGCUCUGCCUUCCUCACCACUCUUUGUCUAAGUCAUGGCCAUGGGGUGUUCACGGCCCGAGUCACGGUUGUGACAUUGGUCGUGAAUGGCUCGACACAAAUUUUCUUCAUCCUCAAUUGCUCUUCCUUCCUCACCACCAUGCCAUAAGAAGUCUGCACAGAUUUUAUGCACUCGUUUGAGUACAUUUUUGGGCAGCAGGAACACCUGCAUCCAAAAUUGCAACUCCCAUAACCACUGAGGUUAAUAACUGCAACCUUCAUGCAUAGCAGAGCUUUUUAACCUUCCAGAUUUUAAUUUUCCGAGUAAUUUAAUCCACCAACCUAUCGCAUUCAGCAGAAGAGAGCUUGCCUGAAACAGUGGAAGACCCAAAUAUCGAACUGUAAGCUUGCACUCCUAGAAUCCUGACAACUUAAGUGCAUUUUGCUUGAAUACCAUAGAGCAACCCCCAAAAUAAACUUCACAUUUCCUGGGGUUAUAUUGUAACCCAGAUAACUCAUAAAAUUCCUUGAGAACACUAUGCACUACAACAAUUGCUCUAGCAGAACCCUUAGUGAAUAUUAAAAGGUCAUUAGCAAAGCUAAGAUGGGUGAGCACAACCCUUUUACACUGUGGAUGAAUGGAAGAGACCCGGAAAUAGCUGCAGCAUUAAGAAGCAUAGAUAACCCUUCCAUGACAAUAGUAAAAACAUAAGGCGACAGGGGAUCACCCUGCCUAACCCCUCUCUUGGCCCAAAGUAACCGCACAAUCCUCCAUUCACACAAAUACUAAAACGAGCAGUCUUGACACAUAAUGAAAUCCAUUUGCUAAAGUGAUAUGAUCCCAAUUGGCCAGCUCUACACAUUUAAAUUACUUGACAAAGAAGCUAUCGAAGUUGGGAAGAAGAAGGGCAAAAUUUGGCUAAGUCAAAUUCCGUGUUCAUGGUACCUACUUUGGAAGCCCGUAUCUCACAAAUGGCUCAAUGGAAGUUGGGGAUCAAGAGCUUGUUUUACAUAUAAAGUUGCCAUAUUUCCAAUGGUAUACUUAUUGGAUCCAGAAAAUGUCAUUAAGGUUGUUUUCCAAGUCCUCAAAGUUGCUACCUCAAAACUGGAAAACUGACAGAAAAUGGUCAAGGCAGAAAACUGUUUUGAGAUACCAACUUUGAAGGCCUAUAUCUGGAGUUUGGAGCAUGAUAUCGAGCUGUUUCAAGUUGGAGAUGAAAGAGAGAGUUUUCUUCUACAAAGGAAAGGAAUUGUUUGAUUUCGAAUCCACCUAGAAGACCAUUUUCGAAUGGCUCAAAGAUGCUAUGAAGCCUGUUUUCCUAAGCAGACUUGCUUGUUUUUUAAGUCAGUUUCUUGGCUUGCAAGUUACCUUGUUUUACACGAAUUCUUUAGCCUUUUCCUGCUCUAAUUAGUUUCCUUGUUCAUGUAGGGUUGUAUUAGGUUUGUAUUGUCUUUAAAUACCUUUUCAAUUCACGUUGUAAAAUAAGAAUUAAUUAAUCGAAAAGAAGCCGUUUGGUUUUGUGCAAGUUGCGACUUGUUUGAGCUUGGUGGAUUCCAAGCUUGUCACCUUUGUAUCGAUUGAAUAUCCUCUUCAUUCGUGGUCGAGCAGCUACCCUUUAAUCCAAUCGAGCGUUCCCCAGGUGUGGAAUCGUCCUUUUGGUUCCGUUUUAUCCAAGUUUUAGUUGAAUGAAAAUUGCUCCUUUGUGAGAAUUGUGUUCUUUGAGUUGUCUCUCAAGAAUCAAAUCCUUGAGUUAGUUUUGUGAGGAUUCCAUUGCUAAUUCGAGAACCCCUGUCAAACUUUUCUGUGAGGAGGCCAGAAUCGUUUAACAAGCUUCUUAUCAAUCAAGUAAACACCUUGAUUGUGGCGAAGUUCUACCUUUUCCAUCAUUAUCGUUCGAGAGUGUGUUUGCUGCGUUACUUUUAUCAAAAGCGCCCCCCCUCUGGGUGUUUAUCAUAAAGCUUACUGGGAACCCCAUGAUAUCCAACAUUAAUAACAAAUAUUCCCAAUUAAUCAAAUCAAAAGCUUUCAUUAAGUCAACUUUGAUAGCACAACGAGAAGACAAUUGUUUGUUAUGAUAUCCACUAACCAAUUCUUGAGUCAUUAGUAUAUUGUCCACAAUUCUUCUACCCUCAAUAAAAGCAUAUUGGUUACCACUUGUAACAGUAGGGAGAACCUUCUUCAACCGAUUUGCCAGGAGUUUAGCAAUUAUUUUGUAUAGCAAAUUAAUGCAAGAGAUCGGUCUAAAGUCUUUCAGAGCACAAGCAGAUGGAAUCUUAGGCAAUACAGUAAUGGCAGCAGAGUUGACACUACUUGGCAACCUUCCCAAAUGAAAGAAGUCUAACACCGCUGCAGUAACAUCCACAGCAAUAAUAGCCUAGGCUUUCCUAUAGAACCCUGUUGAAAACCUUCCCCCAAAGAAAGCCAAUUUGAUACGAGAUUUCUGUUUAUACAUGCUCUCUUCAACCUUCUUAAGUUCAAGCAAACGUGUUUCCAGAUCAACCACCUACUUAAAAGAUUGUUCAUAAGGAUCAUCCAAAGCUUUUAAAUGAGCAUAAUGUAACUGCCAUUCCAUCUCCUUCACCUGUCCACCUAGAUCACCAUAUACUUCUUUAUUAAAUCGUUUUAACAGCUUCUUGGCCUCAUUCAGUCUAGCCUUUACAACCAUAAUAGGAACACCCUACGGUUCCAGCUCCCAAGCCUGCUGGAUCAGAUGAAGGAAUUGAGGGUCCUCUGUCCAGAAUUCAAAGAAUUUAAAAGGCUUUGGAAGAGAUUUCUGCACAGGCUUCGUUGCAACAAGUAUUCCUCGGUGAUUAGUAAACGCUGUCGGCAGAAUUUCCACUUUGCAUUCAGGAAACUUAUCAAACCAACUCUCAUUAACCAAAGCUCUAUCCAGUUUCUUCGCAAUAGGAUUAUUUUCUUGCUUAUUUGUUCAUGUAAACUGAGGUCCAACUACUAUGUGAUCAAAUAACUCCAUGCUAGCCACCUAGUUUUUGAAAUCAUCUAUACAAUUCGUGUUAUCUAUAGGAUUAGAAGUUUCCCCCUGGUAUCAAUACAACACUGAAAUCCCUACCAACUAGUCAUGGAAUCCCACUAACCUUUGUUUGACAUUUUUCUGGUAAGUCACCCUUGUCUCCAUUUCACCAUUUGAUCCAUAAACAGUAGUAAAGAACAAAGAUACCCCAUUCCACCAAUUUAGCCAUGCAGUGCACAAAACUCUUCCUAGGCAACAAAAUACUAACAUUCGCUACAUGCGGAUUCCAGAACAACCACACUCUCCCCAACUCAGAGUCCACAUAAUUGAAAUGCCUCUUCCAGUCCUGACAAAAAUCAACCACUACCUCAUCCGCCUUUAUUUCCUAACUCUCGUCUCAAGAAUUGCUACUACAUCUACUUUAUUUUUUAAUGCUUAAGUUUAACUUUUUAUUAAUAUUUUUGAUGACGUCUAUUGCUCACUAUGUAAAGUUAAUAUAAUAAAUUUUGAAUGGAGAUGAACUAAGUGAUGAUGUUUUUUAACAAAAAAACUAAGUGAUGAUUUUGUAUACACUCAAACAUACAUUGUAUUGAAACGUGAAAAAAAUAAAAAUUGGAAUCGUUUUGUGAAAAGUGGAAAUGUUUGUGACCAUACAUGCUAAUUACCUCACCGCAGUGCGACCGGGAGAGAGAGGGGAUUCCAUUUCGUUUGUGGCAACAGAAGCAACAGCUGCUGCAGUGGGGGAGAAGUCGGUAUCAGCCGUACAUCUCAGCUCUGCAAGGUAGAAGAUAACCGAAUCGGAAAGGUCAGCCUGCCUGUUCCUCUUCUUCUGAAUUUACAAACCCUACAUCUGUUUCCUUCUCAGGUUUGUCUCCCAUUCUUGCGUUGAGUUCCUCAAUCUCAUUCCGAAUCUGCGGCGCCACCUCUUUCUUUCUCUUAUUUCUUUCCCUCGGUUGUCCUUUUCGUAUUCCAUUAUGGAAGGUCGGCCGAAUUCUGUUGAAUUCGCGCCACAUUUGUUGGCUCAAUCUGUGGUUCAAUGGCUCGAGGGACAUGUUAGUUUGCCUGCAUUAAGCGGAAAUUUUUGAAAAUUUUGCUAGGUUAUUGAGCUCUGCUUUCAGGAUUAGCGAUUGAUCGUGCGAGAUCUCUGGUUUUCCAACGGUUCAAUUGCUACUACUAAUUUGUUGCUGCAACAGUUUUGUCCUCUUUCCCCUUUGGGGAUGAUUUUUGGCUUCUGUUUUUUCCUCUAUGGCUGCUCCUCUCUCUCCACCCCGGUCAGUGGACUGUAUCCGUCAAAAUUCAAUCUGGUUGGCUACCCUUUCUCCGAUUCGCUUGAAUGGUUGAUGCUGCGGAAUUCUUAUACAUGUUUGUGUAUAUGCAUGGUUAUCCAUCAACGAACGGCCUUCAUGCUGUUGCUUUCUCGGCUGCUUGCAUUUGAUUUUAUCGCGGAUUCAUUCUUGGGUUUGUAUUUGAAGUUUGGGUGUCCAUUGACAGGCUUCGCGAUUGACCAUCCUGCUUUGAGGGGCUCAUGACAUCGUCCAUGCAUGAUCUUUCUGAAAAAAAUGAAGCGGAUGAGCAACAGAAAAACUCAGAAGAUCAGAUUCAAUCUCUAUCUCCAGCAGCAGUGACACAUCCUGGUGUUGCAUCCCAGAAGAUUCCUUUCUCGCCUGCUCCACAACUUGGGUCAGGACAAGCUAUGGUACCCCAAGCUUAUCCCUAUCCAGAUCCUUACUGUAGAAGCAUAUUUACUCCCUAUAACUCCCAGUCAUAUGCCCCGCAGCCAUAUGGUGCGCAAUCUAUGGUCCAUGUUCAACUAAUGGGAAUGCAGCAAGCUGGAAUGCCUUUGCCAUCAGAUGCAGUUGAAGAGCCAGUAUUUGUUAAUGCAAAACAGUACCAUGGUAUAUUGAGACGCCGACAAUCACGUGCGAAAGCAGAAUCAGAAAACAAAGCUCUUAAGAACAGAAAGCCAUACUUGCAUGAGUCCCGGCAUCUCCAUGCAGUGAGAAGAGCUAGAGGAUGUGGUGGCCGGUUCCUCAACUCGAAGAAGAAUGGGAAUCAACAGGAAGAAAACAACACUGGAUCGGGCGAUAGGACGGAAUCGAACAUCAAUUUGAACUCCGAUAAAAGUGAUAUGGCAUCCCCUGAAGGAAGGAGUUAGUACUUUAGAAUAGGGCAAGAGGCAGUGCAAGCAAGCGAUACAUGACGACGACAAACAUAUAGUUGUUUAAUAUCAUGCUCGCUGAGAGGGAACCCUAUAUCCACCACUCUGGUCACGUAGCACGAUAGCAUGUAUAGCAGCAUCUUUUCUCCAGAGGCAGUGAGGUGUUUAGGGUGAGUUCCGGCCUUCUGGGGCAGCAGGCAUUGUAAUUAAGGAUCAGAAAGGUAAAAAUAGGUAACUUGGAAUGGGUUUUAUUUUGAAGCAUUUUCUAUUUUGAUGACAGGGAAUAGAACUGAUACCGCCACCAGUUUGCUUCGCCGUAUUGUCCGAUGUAGUGUCAGGCUGGCAGGUUUCCUCGUCCACGGGAGAGUUUCUUAUUGUCUAAUAGCUUCGAGCAUGAUCCUUAAACCUUUUUGUCUAAUAGCUCAGUUGAAGCAUUGUUGUAGUCUCAGCAAAGAUGUUUGCAGUGCCCGCGACAUUUGCAAUGCCCGUGUACAGACCCUCCUGGAAACAUACGAUCUUCACGGUUUGGGUGUUGAAAUCCCGGUCUGUCAGACUUGAUAAUCUUCGCGUUUUUGACCAUUUUGUUUCCUUUUCGCCCUCUUUCGUUCAACUUUCGAUCUUGGUGUCAAGAUUACUCUCUUAUGUUUGAAACAUGACAAAACACAAACAAAUCCUCCAUAAACUAGCUCCAAUGAUGGUGCAAACACAUCAAACAUCACAAGUAAAGGGGUACAAAAAUGCGUAAUCUAAUAUGCAUCAGAGUGAGUAAAGAUAAUUGAUUAAUUUGUUUUCUGAAAUUAGGAGAAGUUAUAUUUUCAAAAUCCCCCCCUAUCCAAUGGAGUCUAUAUGAAGAGGUGAUUAUUGACCCAUCAUAUUGACGAAAUCAAACCCAUAAUGGCUUAAUCACUCCUCAGAUAGCAUCAAUGUUGAAUCAAUAUAUAUGUUCAUCCAAAUAAAAAAAUCAUUAUUGACUCUUGUAUACAUAACUAAGUUAGCCAACUACUUGCAAAUCAAUUAUACUGUAAAAUACAUACCCUCCCAUCAUAUUGAUGAAAUCAAACCCAUAAUGGCUUAAUCACUCCUCAGAUAGCAUCAAUGUUGAAUCAUUAUAUAUGUUCAUCCAAAUAAAAAAAUCAUUAUUGACUCUUGUAUACAUAACUAAGUUAGCCAACUGCUUGCAAAUCAAUUAUACUGUAAAAUACAUACCCUCUCUUUGGGUGUAUAACUGGCAGAGCUCCAAACCUGCAAUUCUUACUUCCAUCACCAGAACUUAAACCCUAAUUAGUAUUGAAACUUUACCAGACAUAAAUAUAAUAUUUUCCCCAUAUAUAUAGUUGGUGCCAGAUGUUUGGUUGUGGAAAAAACCUUUUCCCACACUUCGUUUCUCCUAUUUAUAGCCAUCAGUUGUAACUGCUCUUGUAACUGUCGGCUGGCCGGUUGCUUCAACCGCCUCGGGGUCCCAUCACCACCUUGCUGACUAAUUGGUAACUUUCUCGUUCUGUUCACUCCUAUUUUCUUGGGGCCCCUUGUCAUGUCUUGGUGACUGGUUGGUAUUUGAUGGCAUCGAAACCAGGUUGGUGGUGAGUGUUAUCACCUUGUUCUGACCGGAUUGUGGUUGGGACUCUUUGGCUUAACCUCCAUGACGAAGUCGCGAUCACACCCUUGACAGACCCAUAACUCCACACUUAGAUUUUGUUGCUAUCGUCUUGCUCUUCUUGUCUCGGGAUCGCCAUCUGUUUGAUGAUAUGAGAUAGUCUCCUCCAUGAUGGCUUGGUACCACCAUAUCCUUGUUAACCUAGCCUCUUUCCCCACCAAGGCUCUCCAUUUAGUCUUAGGGAGCUCCUCAUGGUUCUAACUUGUCAUCUCAGUGUCAAGCCCAUCGUGUCGGCUUCAUGCUUCCUGAUACCCUACUCCCUUCCCCUGUCGGUAAGCCACUCUUACAACAUUGUUAGUAAGUCUAUCCUGUCACUUGGUACACCAUCAUCUUGCCAUAAAAACAGUGUUUCCAACUUAGUUAGUCUCCAUAUGUCCCCUAAGGGGCUCGAUACCAAUUCCUCUUGUCAACUCGGGUACCUUGGCAGACAAGUCUCCACACUCGAGGUUCCAUACCUAGUCUUGAGAAUCUAAGAAUUGUCCAUGAUGGCUUGGUACCCCGUCAGAUGACCACCUAAGGUGGUCUUUAGACUUAGUUUUUUUAGAGCUCAUCAAGUUGGGACCUUGGCGGCCUACUAGCCACCUUGGGUUGGCACCUUGCCAGCUUGAUCUAUAUACUUAGUUUUUUGGAAGGUUUGAUAACUUGAGACCCGUCAUGUCUUGCCAGCUUGGUACCCUCUUUCUUGGCUACCAAGCCAGUUUUGCCAACUUGAUAUCCAUACUUAGUUUGUGUAUGUCUCUCUAAUUUGUACCCGAGUUGGUAUACAGGCCUCCAGCUACCAGUUAGUCUUAUUUCCAAACUUAGUUUUUUAGAGCCAUAUAUCUACCAACUGGCUUGUUACAAGGAGAGAUGCGUCAGCUAUCGAGACCAUGGGGACGGUCGGCCACGUACCUAGGCCAAGGAGAGGGAGUUUGGUCACUUAGGCAAAAAAAACUCAACCCAAUAAGGCUCAUCUACCUCAUUUAAUGAAUGAUGUUGAGCUGACCUUAUAAAUCCAUUAAAUGUCUUGUAAUUAAUCGGUGGGGUAGGAGAUUAAUUUAUAGGUGUAACCAAAUGCCUCCAAUAACUUAGUGCAUACGUAUUAUGCACUAAGUUGUUGAGACCAACUUAACCAACUAACAAUUUAACCAAUCAACUCCCGUCCCGUGUGGCAUGAUUCGUCACAUCCAAUUUCAUUUGUAUUUACAAAAGAAGUGUUGGCUUAAGGACAAAAAACAACCACUUCUUUGCUCGGCGGUUUGGUGCCAAAAAUUGAAGCUCUUUCAAUCUCACUAUCUUUGUAUUUCUACUCUUUGAUUUGGUGUGUAGAGGGUAUGAGAGGUCAACUGUUUAUAAGAACCGAGACCCCUCAAAAGGUAAAUAUCUCCUUAAUUAAAUGCAUCCGAUAAGAUAAUUACCUCAUUAUCUCUCAAAUAUUCCUUUUCUAUCAAUUAUCUUUUUUAACGUAUCUGUUAAGGGUACGAAAAAAUUAAAUUCAGAAUUUCUCCAAAAAAAUUAGUGUCAAACCAAUCCAUCCACCCGACCGACCGGUCAGACACAUGACGUGCGCACGUGGUGUUCCAUUAGGAGGGCAUGUCCCUCAGAGAAAGAACUCAAUCUUUAUACACCUUUAACGUGUUCUCCCAGCAAUAUGAUAUUCUUUCCUUAAGAAAUAUAACUUCAAAGUUAUUCACCAUUUACAACAUUAACUUGAAUUUUUUUUCUCUAAUUCCAUAUCUCCCUAGUCUCCUCCUUAGAUCUAUCAGAGCAUCAUUCUCUAUCAUCAAGGGCAGAGCCAAAGUUCAAUGUUUGGGGGUCGGGGUUUUUUUUAAUAUUUUGUUAACUCUUUAUAUUUUGGUUCUCCUGGGCCCUAGCAAGGAGGUCCUGUUUGCGCAAGGGCUGCAGUUUCCAUGGGUGGACGACCCAAUGUUGGUCGAGUUGCUUGUUUUACAGGACGCUAUGAUGUGGUGCCUCGCCCAAGAUUUCACGGCGGUCCGCUUUGAGGGGUACGCUAAGGUGAUCAUUGACAAAAUUAAUCGGGGUACCACUGCGUAUAACCAGAUGGGGGCCAUUCUGGAAGAAGUUGUACAUCUUUUCUCCUCGCAUGUUGGGUUUGCUAUUCAGUUUGUAGGUCGGCAAAACAAUAGGGUAGCCCAUUUGGUGGCUAGAAAAGCCCUCUCAUUGUACCCGACUAUGAGUCGUUUCUUCGAUUAUCAGGCCUGACUUAACUCUAGGAUGUAACUACGUAUGUUUCGAUCACUAUAUGAUUAUCUUUUGUAAAAAAAUAAAGGAAGAUGGCAUCGAAUCCGCUUCUGGGGGUGAAGCAAUGGAAUCAGAAGCUGUGUGAGGAGAUAACAAUGGUUUGAUUAGUUCAAGCGGUUUAUUUCACUCCUAAAUUCAAGACAUUCCUUCUCCCCUCUCAGUUGGCCUUUGCCAGCCACUAGAGCAAGUAAGAGGCACCUAGGAUCUAUAGUCAAAGAAAGAUGGAGGGACUGGUUGAAAGCGCCCACUAUGUUCUUAAACAAAGUGUAAUUACGUUGCAUAUUAAGUGUAUGUAUUGUUAGUAGCUAUGGCGAAAAAACAGAAGUUGUUUGUAUCAAGUGAUAAGUGAAUUGCUCAGUAGUGCUUCACCACUACCAUAGGUGACGGAAAUAGCUUAAUUGUAGAGGAUAGCCUUGCCAAGGCUGAGGUUUAGGGUUGAAGUCCUUGUUUCUUUCCCUGUCUUCUACUUUUACAUACCUUCUAGCCUGAGUAAUUGACUUUGCCCCUUCCGCUCCUCCAUUUAAAAAGAAAGUGGUUGUUCGCUCUUGAACAAAGUGGGACAGUAUCGUGGUAGAGCUCCUAUCCGUGAUUUGAAUGAUUAGAGUCACUCAAUAUACACCGAGAAAGAUACAUAAUAAAUUUCAAUUUCGUGU